CCCCAGAAGCUCCCAAGAGGGCCCCAGGACUGCCCGUAGCCAUUUUGGCUCAAUUUGGGGCUCAAGAGCCUUCCGGUCAGGAUAUCUUGCGCGUGCCCUCUGAUAUAGUUAAUUGCACCGAUUCGGCGCUUACCAUUGCAAACAAUGGACUCGUUCACGAGGCGUGCCUCAUCUCAGUGCUUUCACAGCGAUGAGUAUUUUGAGACCUACACUUUCUCUCACCAAUUCGACCAAGCAUCAGGUGGCAUGUGUACGUCGUUGCCCAGUUGGGGCUCACUGCCCACCAUGCAUCCGGUCUCCAUGCAGUCGCAGCUUGCCCGGCAGGAAAACCACCCCAUGUUGCAGUCGAGCGGCGGCGAGUCGUGGAAUACUUUUGACGAGUUCGACGACCCACGCAGGCGUCGGCGGGCAGAAAUCCAAAGCAGCAACCCAUCCGAACACGCGCAGGAUUCAGCCCAGUUGGGCCUUGGCGGCGCCCCCUCUGCGGCCGAUGCGCAGCUGCCAUCUCGGCCUGGAGGCGUUCUGCUGCUCCAUGGCCAGUCGCUGCCGCGCAGGCAGGAAGACCCCCCCAUUUUGCAGUCGAGCGGCGGCGAGUCUUGGAAGACCUUUGACGAGUUCGACCACCCGCGCGGGGGCGCUCUGCCUCUGACCACAGUAGGCGCUCUUCUGCUCGAUCGCUCCGCGGGGGCGGCGCCAGCCUAUUCACCGACCAGGCCGCCCGGCAUGCCGCCGCGUUCCACCGCCGAGACGUGGCUGGCCGCGGGCCCCCCAGGCGAGCCAGACCGCGCGGCGCGGGCGAGACAGCCGGCCAGCGGAGGGCGGGCAGGGGCCUCCACUGGCACGCCCGCGGCCGCCACGGCGCUGGCAGACAUGCGGGCCCGGCUCCUGGCGCAGGAGCAGCUGCUGGCCCAGGUCCAGCAGCAGGCCCAAGACCUCAGGCGCAGGAUCCGCGAGCAGCAGGCCGACCUGGCGGAGAUGGAGCUUCAGCAGGGCGAGCUCGUUGACAGCAUGCCGGCAGCCACCGAGGAGGCGGCGCCCGCCACCCCUGGCGCUCCAGCAAUCACCACGCUCAUGAUCCUCAACAUCCCAAUGUCUGUUACGCAGCGUGACCUGCUGGACCUCAUCGACAGGGCUGGUUUCAAGAACCGCUACGACUACGCCUACAUGCCGGCAACUUUUGACAGCGGUACCACUAGAGGGAUCGCAUUUGUGAAUUUUGCCGCCUCAAGCGACGCCCGCGAGUUUUCCGUCUUGUGGAACGGAUCGCGAUUGACUGGAGUUGCCGGUGCUGGAACCAGCGGGACCGUGAUCGAGGUCACCGCGUCGGCGACGCAGGGCUACUCGGAGAACGUCAGGAUGUGGAAGGCGAGCCGGCUGCGCCGCAUUAAGAACCCCAAGUUUCACCCUUUCAUCGCCCCGAGGCCAGCUGCCUAAUGAACGCGCGGUUGACAUUUUCAUUGGAUGCGCGGGAUGUGGGGGAUGGGGGGGAGCGCGCGGGAGGCCAAGGAGGACGAGGACGAGGACGCGGGCACCGCGCAGCGCGCCCCAGAGCGCGCCGGUUGGCGGCGACGGGCCCACCACGAGCUGCCCUCCUAGCGGGCAGCCCAGCCAGGCCGCGCGAUCAAGGCGUGCCAUGUGCAGAGAGGGAUUUGUUUAGUGCGCUCGCUUGAAUCUCUGCACGCAGCCGUGAAUCAUCAUCGGCGGCAGAGCUUCACGUAGUUUCGCAUUUGCUAGAUCAGUAUUCAGUAUGAGAAAGUUUCAAUGUUUCUAAGUGGGAAGCUUCCCUGGCCACAUGAACCCGAGGUGCUCAUUUCGAGGGCCCGGGUGCUUGAGGCCUCUUCGACCGACUGGAAAUACCUGGUCGGCCGGCCGUGCCCUUCCCACUGACUUUGUUUCGUUCAACAUUAUAAUAUUUGAGGAUUUUUUCAUGUCUGUCUUUGCUCCACGCUUUCGAGCGAGGGCUGUGGCCACUGCCUCCCAUUGUUCAUUGAGUACCCUCGCCGCCCCAGCUGCCAUGCGUUCAGUGCGUGGCACCGAAACCUUCGGAGGCCAGCGCUCGGCUGCAGCAGGCGUGUUUUUGUUUUUCUGCCCACGUCGCAGGGCCGAAUGCGGGCACUCGAAGCCUUGCACGACUUCUGGGCGCGUGGCACUCGCUGGCGCCUUCACACUCCUCAACUCCUGGGACCCCCCCCCGAAAAAAAAGAGGGCCCCAGGACUGCCCCAAGACCCCAGGACUGCUGGAAGCGCC